AUGAACACCGUCUGUUCUGUUCUUCGUCUGGUUGCUGCUAAGAAUUGGGAAGUUUACCAAAUGGAUGUCAACAAUGCCUUUCUUCAUGGUGAUCUUGAAGAAAAGGUUUACAUGAAACUUCCCCCAGGCUUUCGUCAUUCUCAUCCAGGGAAGGAUUUAGGAAAACUUAAGUAUUUCUUGGGUAUCGAAAUCAGUAGAGGUCCGGAUGGAAUUUUUUUGUCACAACAUAAGUAUGCGUUGGACAUCAUUGCCGAGACAGGUAAUCUCGGUUCUCGGCAUGCUGCGACACCGCUGGAGCAAGAUCACAAGCUCGCCACCAUAGACAGUCCAAUUUUAGAAGAUCCGAAGCCGUACCGGAGACUUAUGGGGCGUUUGAUUUAUCUACUGAACACGAGACCAGAGCUUUGUUUUCCUGGUCAAGGCAUCUUCUUUACGUCUAAUCCCGAUCUAACGCUUACAGUUUAUUGUGACGCUGACUACAACUCAUGUCCGUUGACACGACGAUCGCUUAGUGCUUUUGUUGUGCUACUAGGAGGGUCUCCUGUAGCUUGGAAAACGAAAAAGCAAGACACAGUUUCACAUUCUUCCGAUGAAGCAGAGUAUCGUGCAAUGGUAGUCGCUCUUCGUGAAAUAAAAUGGUUUCGUCGUGUGUUAGCGGGGCUUGGGAUUGAUCAGUCUCAACCUACACGUUUGUAUUGUGACAAUAAGGCGGCAAUUCACAUUGCCUCUAAUCUGAUUUUCCACGAGCGCACUAAGCAUGUCGAGUCGGAUUGUCAUGCAGUUCGGGACGCAGUUGAAGAAGGACUUAUAGUCACGGAUCACGUUCGUUCUGAAGAGCAGUUGGUGGACAUUCUUACCAAGGCGUUGGAUCAUGCUCCAUUUGAAUACUUGUUGUCUAAGUUGGGUGUUCGAAAUCUUCACUUUCCAACUUGA